AUGCAUAACCAGCACCUACCUUGUCACCUAUCACCCGCGCCACACACCACCUACCAACCACGCCACACAUCACCCAUGCCACACGCCACGCCACCCACGCCACCUACCACCCAAGCCAUCCAUCACCCACACCACCUGCCAUCCACCAUCCUCGCCACACACCACUUCUACCUUCCACCCACGCCAUUCACCACCCACGCCACCUACCACCCACGCCACACACCACCCUUGUCACCUACAACCCACGCCACCUACCCACAUCACACACCACCUACCACCAACGCCACACACAACCUCCCACCCACGCCACCCACCACGCACGCCACCUACCACCCACGACACCUACCACCCACGAGACCUGCCACACACCAAUUACUACCAACGCCUCACCACCCACCAUCCAAUCGACCAAUUUGUAUUGAAAAGACAAGACUCUUUCAAAGUUAUUUUGGCCCUGAAAAGGGCCGUUUGUUGAGUUGA